UUUAAGGGCGGCUCCGUCUCAUGCAGUGUGCCAGCCCUGCUCCUGUCCUUUAUACCUGCUGCACCAAUGGCGAGGUUGUCUUUUUCUUAGACUGACAAACCAGUGGGCUGGAUGACACCUGCGUGUUCUUUCCGGUGUUUAACCUUCAGUGUUCAGCCAUCAGUCUUGGCAACGGAGAAUAUAUGACAAAAGAAGGAUGGAAUAAAUAUAUCUAAUUUUAUAUUCAAGAUAAAAUAAGUGUGUCACUCUGCAUUGAUAUGAACUUGACCACAUGAUUCACCUUGAAAUGUUUCACAAGACUUAAGGAGUUCAGUAAGGUUGCCAAAGCAAGAUAGAGAUGUUCAAAGUCCUCGCACACACUUAGAGCAUGAGGCAGACAAACAACAACUAAGUUGAACUUGUCUUCUAUAUGGAUGCGAUGCGGGAUUUUUAGACGGUGCACAUUUGAGGAGGUCUUUUCGCUAAUACGUCUUCCAGUGUAGUGGGAACCUUCGACUGAAACAGGGCCUUUACUGGGGAACAAGGCACGCCUCGGCCCGGAGCUGUGACAGUAAACCUCUGUGCCACAACAGGACUGCAACAGUACCAGGAUACCUGAGCUGACCCAACGCUAGGCAACCAGGACGCUUCCGGGGCAAAAAACCCGCGACUUGGCACGGGUUUGCUUCUCACUAUCGCAGCAGUGUGCCACUUUGAAAUUGUGGUGAGAAGUUCCCCCAGCAUAAACUUUGGAAGUGUUUGAAAAAGCGACGGCACAAUGGAUAAGGAUGCACUGCUGGACUACGAGUACCCAGACUUUGACCCUGUGCCCAAGAAGAUUAACAUAGAAAUAAUUCCUCCAUGUGACCCCACUGCAGAUGACAGGCUAUACCACAUAUGCAUCAGUGCAGUAUCACUUGUCGUCAUGGUGAUCCUUGCAGUUUUAGCAAGACGCACAAAAGUGGGCAGCCAACAGAAAGGACUCGCAGGUUUACUCAGUCCGGUCAACUUCCUGGACCAUACCCAGCACAAGGGCCUGGCAGUGGCUGUGUUUGGAGUGCUCUUGUGCAAACUCUGCGGCAUGGUCAUAUCACCAAACCCUUUGCCCUUCACGACAGAGACUGAGAACAAACAGAACUGGAUGAUUCUGGGAACCUUCUUCUACCCCGCACUUUACUACCCUCUCCUGGCAUGUGGCACCCUGCAUAAUAAAGUCGGCUACGUACUCGGAAGCCUCUUGUCAUGGACGCACUUUGGUGUCUUGGUUUGGCAGAAAAUUGAAUGCCCGAAAACACCGCAGAUACAUAAAUACUACUUGCUGUUCUCUAGCCUGCCCCAGAUAGCUUGCUUGGCCUUCCUUAGUUUCCAGUAUCCUCUUCUCCUUUUCAAGGGCUUGAAAGGCGCUGAAAAGAACAAUGCCUCUGAGGAUCUGAACAGCAGCUACUACAAUGACUAUGUGAAGAAGCUGCUCAAGAGGAAGAAGCACAUCAAAAUCAGGUUACUGUACCCUCUAUGUCCUAUAUGUGUUGCUCAUAUCAAAAACAAACAAACGUGUGCACACAGGAUCCGACCGUAUGAGAAUGGCUUGAUUAACGCGCAGAGUUAUCAAACAAAACAAACAAUAAGAACUCGGGACAGAUUCUAGGCAUGGUAUCAACAGGAAACAGGUUGCCUGUUUUUUUUUUCUUGCUGAAUUGUCAUUCUCGGUCAGUUCUUCUAUAUCCUCCUUUGGGGAUAAAUGACUGGCAAAGAUGUUAUAAAGUCAGAGUAGAAAUGGAAACU